CUAUACUCGUUGCAGACCCGGCGUUCUGGUAACUAACCUAUCACCUGUGACACGGCACCUUGGCUUUAAGUACUUCGAACUGUCGGAUCUCGGUCAUCAACUAGCAAUAUCAAAGCCAUGUCACGAUCUCGGGUCAGUCCUGGCGUGGCCUACCUCACUCGUGGUUUGCUUUCUGUCAUUUUUCCGACUGCUUCUUCCGUCAUCAUUGUAGGACGUCUGGCCUGUCUGCAAGGCUUUCCAGUCUCCCCAUGGCUAUUGUCGGUGGUGGUUUUGGGUGCAGCGCCUCUGGGGCUUGCAACUUAUAUUUUCGUGGAUGUGAUAUCGCAGCGACGAAAGGCCACUCGACUCGAUGCCAGACUCGUUCCUCGUAUCCAGGGCAGAUGGCCUGGAAAUCUGGACAAGUUAGUGAACACGAUCCAGAGGUUUAAGGUCGAAUACCUUGGACAACCUGUGCUGGACGAGAUGAAGGAACUCGGGCCGACUUUGAAUUAUCGGUGCUUAUGGGAGGACUACAUCGUGACCACGGAGCCCCAGCACGUAAAGACGAUUCUCGCAACCGAUUUUCAUAACUACGUGAAAGGUGCAAAGUUCAGAGAAGCAGCAGACUCCGUCCUUGGAACGGGUGUAUUUAACUCGGAUGGUGAAACAUGGAAGUUUCACCGAACCAUGACACGACCUUUCUUCAGCCAUGAUCGGAUAAGCCACUUUGAGAUAUUUGACCGUCAUGCGAAUCGUGCUAUCGCCUUGGCGAAGGACCGUUCCAGAAUGGACAUGGCAAUCGACUUCCAAGAUCUCAUCUCGAGAUUUACACUCGACUCUGCAUCGGAGUUCCUGUUUGGACAUUGCACCGAUUCACUUUCCGUCGAACUUCCUUUCCCCGAUAACACGCUAGAAUCCACAAAUACCAAGGGUCGGGGAGACACUGCUGCAGCCUUCGCAGAUGCUGUCUCUCAAGCUGAGCAUGCAAUCAGUCGUCGUGUUAUUAUUGGGGCGGUCUGGCCAAUGACUGAGAUUUUUGCUGACAGCACCGCACAACAUAUGAAAGUGGUCGACGAAUUUUUAGAUCCGAUCCUCGAAGCCGCUCUGACGAGGCAUAGCACGGCUGCUAAAUUAGACGCAAAUGAAAUUACGGAAGACCAAACCUUUUUGGACCAUCUGAUAAAGCUGACGUCGGACUUCAAAGUCAUCAAAGAUGAAACGUUGAACAUAUUACUGGCAGGAAGAGAUACAACAGCCUCGACAUUGACUUCGGCUAUUUAUUUACUUGCAAUGCAUCCAGAGAUCCUCUCUCGACUUAGGGAGGAAAUAAUAUCGAAGGUUGGGCUGACUCGCAUGCCUACAUAUGGGGAUAUCAAAGAGAUGAAGUACAUCCAGGCCGUUCUCAAUGAAACGAUGCGCCUUUUCCCUGCCCUCCCCUUUGAUGUGAGGGAAGCCGUACAUGACACUACAUGGACAUCCCCCGAACCUGGGAAGAAGCCUCUGUUUGUUCCAGGGGGUGUCGUGGUCAUAUAUUCAGUGUUCCUUAUGCAUAGGAGAACAGAUCUAUGGGGACCAGACGCGUUGGAAUUUGAUCCGGAUAGAUGGCUCGACGAGCGCCUGCAGAAAUAUCUUACUAAUCCCUUUAUUUUCCUCCCAUUUAACGCGGGACCGAGGAUUUGCUUAGGGAAAAAAUUUGCUUACAACCAAAUGUCGUUCAUGCUUAUUCGUUUGCUGCAAAAUUUUUCUGCGAUUGCAUUAUCCCCCGAGCCUGCAAUGUGCCCACCUGCGUGGUGGGCUGAGAAAGACGGUCGACAGGCCAUCGAGCGGUUCAAGCCGAGAUUCCACGUGAUGCUUUAUGCUGAGGCAAGUCUCUCUCUGACAUACUUUGCAGUCAUCUAA